CCUUUCACGGCUUCCGGCGGGCGGUUCCGGGGCGGCGGCGCGCGCGGCAGGGAACCGUUGGGGUUUGCAUUGGCCCUAGUGGUCGCGGCUGUGGACACCAUGCAGCUGACCGUGAAGGCGCUCCAGGGCCGGGAGUGCAGCCUACAGGUGCCGGAGGACGAGCUAGUGUCUACACUGAAGCACCUGGUCUCGGAUAAGCUGAACGUCCCUGUGCGCCAGCAACGUCUGCUGUUCAAGGGCAAGGCCCUAGCAGAUGAGAAACGACUGUCAGAUUACAACAUCGGACCCAAUUCUAAGCUCAACCUAGUCGUUAAACCUUUGGAGAAGGUGCUACUAGAAGAAGGGUCUGCCCACAGACUGGUCGACUCCCCACCCCUACCCCUCUGGCAGCUGAUCUCCAAAGUCCUGGCCCGUCACUUCAGUGUAGCAGAUGCCAGCAGGGUCCUGGAACAACUACAGAGGGAUUAUGACAGGUCCCUGAGCCGACUAACACUGGAUGACAUCGAACGUUUGGCCAGCCGCUUUCUACACCCUGAAGUAACUGAGGCUAUGGAAAGAGGGUUCUCCAAAUAGCAUUCUGGGAUUGGGGGGAGAAAUUCCAGGUCAGGCCACAGCUGCAUGUUGCAUUAAAUGUGUUCUCAUGUCGCAGUUUGGCUCAUAGUGAUAAUAAUAGCUGGUAUGUACCCAGCUCUUGCUAGGUGCUAGGCACUACUCAGAGUACUAGGCCUGAAUUCUCUUCUGCCUCCCACAGGACAGUUGAGGCUGCACUGUAGAGACACCUAGCAAUGGCUUGGGACAGCCAGAGUCCAAGUCUAGCCAGUCUUAGAAGUGCCUCUGUAGGAGAAAGAGUGUGCUGUUUUGAGGGAUGGGCCUUACCAUUCCCAUUUAGCCCAUCAGCAUACACCCUCAACUCCCUCAGGAAGCCGCUAGUCCCUGUCACUUGCCCUCUAGUGUAUCUGGCAUAGCCCUUGGCAAAUCUCCAUAGGAAGCCAAGUGGUAGCCAUCCAGGGCCCCUCUGCUGCAGCAGCCAGUGUGCUUUUGAUGUAUGACACAAUUAGGGGCUGGAGGAUCAGAAAGAUACCCCAGCUCCGAUGUAUGACUUGAGUCAAGUUUCCGUGCCACUUUGGUCCCCAACCAUUGAAUCUGUUCAAUGAUGGCCACUCAUGUGACCUGAAUAAGUUUCCUUCCCCCUUUGCCAGCUCAAGGUGGGAGUCUGCUCUCAUCACCUGCAGUUCCACCUUGUGUUCAGUAAGCAAACUGAAGCCAAGCAUGGGCCACAGAUGGAGUAUCCUUGACCUUUCGUGACAUAGCUCUUCUUGGGGCCACCCUAUCUGCUUGGCUCCUCCUGGAAGUGGGUCUCAUCCAUGAGGGACAGCAGGUGACUCAGCAAGGCAUUGUCACAACUAGGACUCUGCGUUGGUCUCCUCACAACAUGAGACAGAUGCUUCCUCUGCCACCUGUGUACAGGGGCUUUUACUUUGCACACCUUCAUUGCUUAAGAAGAAACUCAGGGUGCUGAGGAGGAAAUAGAGAUGUAAGCUGAAGACAGUGAUUCUUCUUUUCAGUGUACCUAUGCUUGGGUGCUAAAGGUCAUGUAAGUACUAGCUCCUUUGAGGGGGACCCCCUGGGAGCAGUUGAGGCUAGAAGAUAGCCACUUUCAGGACAUGACUCCUGCCCCUCCUCUCUUGCCAAGGAAGCCACUCUGAAUGUUGUCGGGGCUACACUUGCCUUUCUUGCCCAAGGGCCUCCUGCGACAAAUCUUGAGUCCCCAUAAUGGAAUGAUAAACUAAAGUGAGGCCUGAGGGGAUGAGCAACUGAUAGACCCUGGUCCUCCCUAAGACUUGGGAUAUCACAUCAGGGACCUGCUUGUGAGCACAUAUAUGGACUGGCAGCUCAGAUAAUAAGCUUACCAAUAUCCUUGUUCACUUUGAGUCAGGGAACGUGUUUGGAAAAUUAAAUAACACUAAAGGUGCAUGUGAGACUUUUCACCAAAAUGAACUCUAUUAAUAAACUAGGCUGCUUUUGGUUUCCAAUAAUUGGUUUAACAACACAGGAAACAUGCUGGCUUAUAAAACUGAAAAAGCCCAGGAGUGCUGGCAGUGGAUGAACAAUUUCACCAGCUUUUUUCCUGCCUCCCUCUGAAUGCUCCAGGAUCUACUUCAUCCUUACCACUACUUCCAAGGAUCAAAGGGUGGCAGCCUGCAGCUUCAUCAAAACCCUUCAUUCUCUGCCAGUGAGGAGCACUUUCUCUCUGUAGCAUAGCUUUUGUCUCAGAUGCCCCAGCAAAUAAAUGCUGUCUCUUAU